CAGGCAACAAACCAGGCUUUUUAAAACACCAAAAAACCCGACCUGUGCAAUGUGAAUAACUUCCAGGAGGGUCACGAAAUAGGAUUAUCAACAGGGAUUUUUUUUAGGUGUGAUGAGACAAAGGAACAAAGGAUGCCUUAGAGGAGAGGUUGCCUAUAUGCCUGGAAACCUCUUCAAAGCACACCGCCAAAUGGAUCUAACGCCUCCCCCUGCCACCUCUAGAUCAUGAUACUUGGCUGAAGCUAUUCCGCUAUCUUUAUGAUCCCUCCUCCAUCUAUGGCGAACUAUAGCCAUGCAGGGGACCACACCAUCUUGCAGAAUGUCUCUCCUCUCGCCACGUUCCUCAAACUGACCUCUCUGGGUUUCAUCAUUGGAGUCGGUGUGGUUGGAAACCUCCUGAUCUCCAUCCUGCUGGUCAAAGACAAGAGCCUGCAUCGAGCGCCCUACUAUUUCCUGCUGGACCUGUGCGCCUCCGAUAUCCUGCGUUCUGCCAUCUGCUUCCCCUUUGUCUUCACCUCAGUCAAGAAUGGAUCUGCCUGGACCUAUGGCACGCUGACCUGCAAAGUGAUCGCCUUCCUGGGUGUGCUCUCCUGUUUCCACACAGCAUUCAUGCUGUUCUGUGUCAGUGUCACUCGCUACCUGGCUAUCGCACAUCACCGUUUCUACACAAAGAGGCUGACCUUCUGGACCUGUCUUGCUGUCAUCUGCAUGGUGUGGACGUUGUCAGUGGCUAUGGCGUUCCCGCCGGUGCUAGACGUAGGGACGUAUUCUUUUAUCCGGGAGGAGGACCAGUGCACAUUCCAGCACCGUUCCUUCAGGGCGAAUGAUUCACUGGGCUUCAUGCUCCUUCUGGCUCUCAUCCUCCUGGCCACACAGCUGGUUUACCUCAAGCUCAUCUUUUUUGUCCACGACCGUCGAAAGAUGAAGCCUGUCCAGUUCGUGCCUGCUGUCAGCCAGAACUGGACCUUCCACGGGCCAGGCGCCAGUGGACAGGCGGCGGCCAACUGGCUGGCUGGAUUUGGUAGAGGCCCCACCCCGCCUACUUUGCUGGGCAUCCGGCAAAACAGCAACGCAGCAGGCCGCAGGCGUCUCCUGGUAUUGGAUGAAUUCAAAACAGAGAAGAGGAUUAGUAGGAUGUUCUACAUCAUGACGUUUUUCUUCCUGGCACUGUGGGGGCCCUAUCUGGUCGCCUGCUACUGGCGGGUGUUUGCAAGGGGUCCCGUAGUCCCUGGGGGCUACCUGACGGCAGCCGUGUGGAUGAGUUUUGCCCAGGCUGGGGUCAAUCCUUUCAUCUGCAUCUUCUCCAACAGGGAGCUUCGGCGCUGCUUCAGCACCACACUCCUCUACUGCAGAAAAUCCAGGUUACCAAGGGAACCCUACUGCGUUAUAUGAAGGUUUUGCUGUGGGUUUUUUUCUCAUCUAUGUCUCUAUUUCCCUGAUUGAUCUUGAUCUGGGCUUGUUCCCACUGUACAGCGCACUCUUUCUAUCUCUCUUCUCUUCAUCCUCCAGUUUUUCUCCUGUUCCUCCUUCUCCUAACCCUUCUUUUCAGAGGUAGAAGGUGGACUGCCAAUCACAGGGCUCCGCUGGGGUGAUUGAAUAUGAAAUGUAUCAAACAUGGAGGCUGAAGUGAAUGGGAAUACGCAGGAGGUCUGGAUCCCCUCCUGUGUUUAUGUUCUAGUAAACAGACAUUGUGGAAGGCCAUGUCAAUGCAGAGAAGCAAAAAGUUGAAAAAAAAAAAAAAAAGAAAAAAGAUUUGACAGAACAAUGAAAACAAAACCUCUUGCUUUGGAUAAUUUGAAGAUGCGUAAUUCUGUGAGGUGUGAAACAAAUAUGAAAAGAAAAAGAAAAAAGAACAUAAAACAAAGAAAUGGUACCUCUCAAGGAAUCACUGGAAAUGUUUUACAUUUUAAGAGUUGCACUAAAAAGAAGAUGUAAAGAUGCUUUUUUUGGUCAACAGUUGCCAGUUGCAUUGCAAGGACAACUUCCCCCCCUCCUUUUUUUUCCAAAUUAAACAAUGAAUGCUUUAAUUUGCAACAGACUACACAAUCGCUGUAAGUAAAGCAAAACUUGGUGACUGUUGGAAUACACCAUCACAAGAGGAUAAAAUGGUUUUAAUGUAAGUGAUAUCUUUUUCAUUUACUGGGCGGGGGCUUAACGAUGGGGAUUUACAAUGUGUGGUUUUCAAGUUGCAACUUAAAACUAGAAAUUAUUUCUUGUAGUUUUAUGAUCCAUAUGUCCCUAGUGUCUGGCAUUGUUAUUUUCUUAUCACCUUUUACAAAAAAAAGAGGAAAAAAAGAUGAAGUGAUGUUUGGAUUAAAAAAAAGUUGCUUUUACAAACAACCUUGUGCUUAAAAAAGACAUUGAAGAAGUAGUUAAAUGUUUCAUCAUAUCCAUGUACCUAAACACUAUCAU